UUCUACAGUGAACCCAUGCUGCACAUAUACACAUAAGCACGUGUUCCUGUCUAUUCAAAGUGUGCAGGGUUGGGGAACAGUAAUAGGGGAGGUCCCUGUGUUCAUCACGUCCCAUGCUGCCAUGUUAUCAGGGACGGGCCCCAGUGAUGAAGGCUCUGAGAAGCUUGCAGAGAUGUUCCACUUAACAAUGAUCUCAUAUCUGACUCACGGAUCGCUUGUGGAAAUUUCCCUGAAACACUUUCUGGAGAUUAUUUUCACUGCUAUAACAAAAACUGUGCUAAACACACACACUAAGAAAGUCUUUGUCGUACCUUGGAGCAGAUGGUGGCCCUCAUUGGGGCUCUUCCCCUGUUUGGCGCCUCUCUUACAGAACCCUUUCAGGGAGUACCUUGAGGCCCAGAGGGCAAAAUUUCAACACGCGCAGAAGAGGGCCACCCCAAUGAUUUCUGAAGAUGACGAUCUAGAUGGUUUGCUUCAUGCAUCUUGAAAUUUAGUCGAAUCUCUUGAGACUUUCUUGAGUAACGCAGCUAUCGGUGCACAUUUUUAUUACUUUUUAAUGUGCUUGCUUAGCUGGUGGUUUGCGCUGAGAUACUCAUGUUCUCAGCUCUGUGUCUUGCACAGGUUAUCUGAUCCCAUUGGUAGGGGUGUUAAGGUGCACCAUGGCUUAUGUUGUGUGUGUGUGGUCUGUUACACUUAAGGGACUGUUUUAAUUUAGUUUAAUUUAGCAUCGUUUUAGCUUCUGACCUCUUUGGAUGGGAUCAAAGUGUAACAGGAAGUAAUUCGACUGACUCUGAAGUCACUAGAUUGUGCUGUUCGUAUUGACUAGUGCCUGUAUGGCAUUACUCUUUUUUUUUUUCUGAGUGAAGAUCGUCUCAUGUUCUAAAAGCCCAGUGAAUCAUAAUGUUCCUUUCGUCUAGAGUUAUUGUUUUGUUUCCAGAGAUCCAAAGAGGAGAGGGAGAAGGAGUGUGUGUGUGUGUGUGUGUAACCACAUGACUCACUACAGGGCCACUCCACCAGAUGCAAUAACGCAUUCAAUCAGAUUAAGAGGCGCGUGUGUGUUCAGGCACAUAUGUGCGUGGGCGACUGCCACGUUUUGCGUGUAGCUGCUUAUCGCUCGUAUUCUAUACAUCUGAAGAGCAUCCGGUCAAACCAGAGGAUGCUGGGAGAGCUGGAUUUGAAUAUUGGAUUGUCUGCCAGUUUGAAAGGUGACUAUCAACUCUUUUUAAACAGUUUCACACUCUAUAGUUUACAUGCCUUUUUAUUUUAGUUACUAGAGAGGUGGUGGCCCCCAAAACUGCACAUUUUGGAUGUCUCCCUAAUCUAACACACCUGAUUCAACCCAUCAGUUCAGUAUUAGAGGCUACAUUGGGUGUGUCGGAUGUAAAAUGUGCAGUGUUGGGGCCACCGGGACCAGAUUGAGAACCACUGCGCUGGUGGCUUGAGAUCAGGCAGCUAAGCAAACGUCUCGUCCAUCUCUUCUUCUUGCGUCUUUUUUUCUUUUAAUUGCUUGUGAAAUGUUUUUUUUUCGGUGCCUUUUUGUAACGCUGCCCUGGUAUGUGAGUCUGGAAGCUGCAGGCGUAUAAAAAAAUGGAACAGUGUGGAGUUUCUUUUGCCGUUACCUUAAAUGAACCCUCGGCUGAACUCAAUGCACUGUGCGCUGCUGGCGUAGAGGAUGAUGCAGGGUUGCCAGAUCUUGUGAGUAAAGUAUGCGAACUGAAAUGUUUGGUCAGCCUGACAAAUUUGGAUAAUAGAAAUUAAGAAAUUGGUUAAACUGGCUGCAUCAAUGAACAAAAUUCCGUAGUAUAAUAUAAAAUUGUACUAAUUAUAUUGUAAGAUAUAGGCCUACUUUCGGGAAAUAAAUUUGAGUAUAUCUAAAUGAAUAGAUUAUGAGAUUUUGCACUUUUAACUUCAAGUUUAAUACAAAACUAAUGUAACUAAGCAAGACAAAAACUAAAGAACAAGAAAUCAUCCAUCAAGUAGGCUAUAUUAUUAAAAUACCAUUUUAGAUUCAAACAAAUCUAAAGAUCUUCACAUAACAUAACACAAUAUAGCCUAGGGCUAUCAACAACUACUUUAUUUCCAAAAAGCAACACGUUCUCCCAACCAAUUUUCUUAUUUUAGUCAUAUCAAGUACACAAUAUAAUUAUUCGUUAGUUCAUUUUGCUGAAUUAUUACCAUAUUAUAAUAAUUAAUUCGUUUUUUAUAUGGGCUAUGUUUCUACAUAUGCUGUAUUUCCCUCAUAUCGUGUGCUAAGGGAACACUAACACUCGAAUAACUUGAAAAACCACUCAAACGCGCGUCUCUUUUCUGGAAAUGAAACCGAAAGGCGCAAGUGUAUUUCCUCUAUUUAUAAACGUCUCGAUUAGGAGCGGUGUAUUAUUCGCAGUUGUGGCAACCCUGCCGAAAGCGAGGGAGCGAGCGUAGGGGAGCGCGCGAGAGAGGCUGUGUGUUAAAAUCCAGCGAGACAGUCUCUCGGAGCGCUCGAAUCCGAUGCUGAUGCUUAGAAAAACGCUGUCUAGGUAGGCACCUCGCUAGGAUUGAAAACACGGCCACUAUGAGAAAGAAAGGAGAAGCUGCCUUCGAUUAUCUCACACGGCGUCCGUUGAAUGAAGGGGGAAGAAAAAAGGCUUUCGGUUCUUCCAUAACGGGAUUUAAAUCAUUACAUUGUUAGAUUUCGAUGGCCACGCCCCACUUUCAGCCCCACCCUCUCGGCUCAUCAGUGGUAAGUGAGUGAAAUCUUCAUUAUGUGUCUUUAUUGGCGUGGAUAUAAGUCUCUCCCUGUGUGUCAGAUAGCUUAUCAGACUGGUGUUGGCUGUUACAUUCGCCCGGCGACAACAGUCUGUAGGCUGUCUGACAUUUUGGGCAUUUUCGUCUCCGAUUAAAAAUAUGAACCCAUUUAAUUUUUGAGUGAUUUUUAUUAUUAAUAUAUCUUUAUUACAGUUUUUGUCUCUAUAUUGUUGUCUAAUUUUAGAGGAGUCGCUAUGAAAGAUUUUUUUCCUCUAUGUGUGUUUACGUGAUUGACGUGUUUCUGCUCGUUCGUCUUUACGUAGCCUUUCUCGUUAAAGGGCGUGUGUGUAAGUGUGUGCGUGUGCGUGCUUGUGUGUGUGUGUCUUCGCUCAGCACUUGGUUUUGUCCACUUGAAUUUCUCGAGAAUCUAGAAAGAACACACCUUAUUGCAACACACUGUUAUGACAGAUCUUUUUGCCCACCCCUUCAUUUGCACUUGUCCUUUUUUCUCCUUCUCUCCAUCGUGUAACUCCCCCGUCGUUAUCUAACAUGUGCAACUGGUAUUUGUUAUUAAAUUAAAAAGAUGUUCAUUCAGCAAUUCCCUCCCUCUGUUUUUCUCCAUUGUAAAAACCACAGGGUGACCCGCUUGGCUUUCACAAUCGAGUCGUAUCAUUUCCUCUUUAACUGUUCAGAACAUCCUGUACUUUAGGGAAGCCCCUCUGCCAUGUAUGUAUGACUGGAUAUGUGUCCUGUGUAAAUCAAUAAAGUUGAAUUAAUUAAAAUGUCAA